AUGGCCAAAAAAACGAAAAAUAACUCAAAAAGUUCAACUCCAGUGAAUGAUGUACCAACAACUGCUGGCAAAAAGAAAGCAAAAGGAAAAAAGGGACAAGAACCAGAGCCAGAAGAUGACAAAAGGGCCAAGCAACAAAGUAAUAGAGCAAAAGUGACAUCCACAGCAAGCUGGACAGGUAAAUUGCCUCAUACAAUCUUACACGAAACAUGUCAGAAACGAAAAUGGAAUAAGGUAGAGUAUGAUAUGAAGAAAAUCGGUGAUAAAGGUUUCAUUGCAAUUGCAGUUUUGUCAUUCACUGACCCAAAGACAAAAGAAACAUUGACUGCAAGAAUGAACGAUCCAACCUAUGACAAAGCUUCAGGAAAAGGCCUUGUAAUUCCUCAAGAAACUCCAAUUGAAGCUAGACACAUGGCCUCCACUAUUGCGCUAUAUCGCAUUGCAUACAACACCAACCUGCACAUGAUGCUUCCGCCAAACCAUAGAAAAACAUGGUAUGCCCUCGACGAUUUUCGAAAAGAUAACCUGAAAACAGACGAAAAGCGUAUAAACAAACUAUUUGAUCUUGAUCCCUUCAAGACAAUGGUGGAAGACAGAAAGCUCAAAGCCCAACGUGAAAAAGAACAAGUGGCCCAGAAUAAUCAAGCACAGAAAGAACAAGUUGCACGAACCAUUUUAUCUAGCCAUGGUGGAAUUUCUUCUUCUGGAAAGGACAGGCAAGAGAGAAAAGUAGCAUCUCAUAAAAACUCACAUAAUCCUUCAUUAGUGCGGUUUCCAAAAAAGGUUUGGGAAAAUUCUAUAUUUGUUGACCUUGAUGAAUCGUCUAGACAACUGAUAGAAACUUCAUUGAAAGAGAAAAUUGAUUGGCAAGCUAAAAAAAUUAGCCAUAAAAAUGAGACAAUUGCUGAAAAUCGGGAAGAUCUCAAGGCAAAAUUAUUAACUCUACAAUUUAGACCAAAACACGUAGAGGAAGCCAUGCUUUAUAAAGAUCCAUUGUCUUUCUUAUUGUUUAACUUACCGGAAGAUGAUUUACCACCAUUUUUUCAUAAAAAGAAAGGUGAUACAAAAAACAAGGUUGAAAUAACAAACCUACCGUUAUCAACUAGAAUGAUCGUUGAGCGUUUAACAGAAAUUGGUGUCUCUUCAGAUGAAGCCUUAUUGGCUUUACAACAAAACGAUAUGAAUGAAAAUGAAGCGGCCGGGUUCUUGACGAGGGAAAUUUUACCAACUUUAAAUAGCAAUACGAAUGAACCUGUAUCAGAAACUGAAUCUAUAGAAUGUUGGAACCAAGAGCUAGAGAGCCUAGAGAGCAUUUAUGAGGGCUGCGUGAUGGACGCCAAGGAAGAUUCACACUACACGCUCAAUUUAAUUGAAAAACUCAAAAUAAAAUUGAAAGUAUAUAGAACCAAAAAUUAUCCUGCAUCAUUACCUGGUAUUGUAGUUUCAACCUUUGAUAAAAAUUACAAGCUACCUGAUUAUAUUAAGAAACAAAUAUUAACCAGGUUACUGCAUUAUCUCCAGGAAGGAAAUCUAAUAGGCGAUAUGUUAGUAUAUCAUAUUUAUGAAUGGUUGAAAGAGAAUAUAUCUAAGAUAAUUGACAACCCUGGCCCAUUAAUUCCAGAUUCAGAUUCGAAAGGUGCAAUAAACAAAAGAAACAUUUCAAACGGUAAGAGAAGUAUAAAUAAUUCUAGUUCGAGAAAAUUCACAAAAACCACCAUUUCUGAAGACACGCUCUCUGUCCUAAGGGAAGAGUACACAAAAAGGAUCAAAAGUUCUGAAUACAAAAGUAUGCAGUUAGUUAGAGAACAACUGCCUGCCUGGAAGAAGCAAAAGGUUAUUAUAGAUAUCAUCAAUAAAAACGAAGUUGUAUUGAUUACUGGUGAAACAGGUUCGGGUAAAUCCACUCAGGUCGUUCAGUUUAUACUAGAUUUCUUACAGAAGGAAAAAGGAGAUUUCGGUAAGACUAAAAUCGUAUGUACGCAACCCAGAAGAAUCUCGGCUAUUGGGCUUGCUGAACGUGUUUCUGAUGAACGCUGUGUAACUUGUGGGGAAGAGGUAGGUUACGUAAUAAGAGGUGUCAAUAAAACCAAAGCUUCCACACGUAUCAAGUUCAUGACCACAGGUGUUCUUGUUAGGUUGUUACAGAAUGCUAGAACUAUGUUAGAAAACACAAUUGUUGUUAUUGAUGAAGUUCAUGAACGUUCUAUUGAUACUGACUUGAUAGUGACAUUGAUGAAAAAUCUCUUACAUAGAGUUCGCGGCAUGAAAAUUGUUUUAAUGAGUGCUACUGUUAACGUUGACUUGUUCAAAAAAUUCUUUCCGGGGCUAGCAACAUGUCACAUAGAAGGACGCACUUUCCCCAUCACUGAUUACUUCUUGGAAGACAUUCUUAGUGACCUUGACUUCAAGAUCAAGAGAGAGAAGGCUUUGUCUUAUGAUGAUGAUAGCGUUGAUGAAAGAAAUAAUGACGACCAAUAUUUGAAGCCGAGAGCAGAUUCUAAGUUUUUUACAUCUGGGCAAAUCAAUUAUGAUUUGCUUUGUCAAGUGGUUGAAUAUGUACAUAAACGCCUGAAAGCUGCUAAUGACAACGGAUCUAUUAUCGUUUUUUUGCCUGGUGUGGGAGAGAUUAAUAAGUGCUGCAAUUUGCUAGCUAAUAAAUCAAAUGAAGCAGAUUUUAUGGUUCUACCCUUGCACUCCGCUCUAACUCCUGAAGACCAAAAAAGGGUGUUCAAAAAAUAUCAUGGGAAAAGGAAAGUUGUUGUAUCCACAAAUAUUGCUGAAACAUCUAUUACUAUAGAUGACUGUGUUGCAACUAUUGACACAGGCCGUGCCAAAUCGAUGUUCUAUAAUCCAAAGGAUAAUACUACAAAACUAAUUGAGUCGUUUAUUUCAAAAGCUGAAGUUAAACAACGUAGAGGUCGUGCUGGUAGAGUACGUGAAGGUUUAUCUUACAAAUUAUUUUCUAAAAAUUUAUACGAAAACGACAUGAUAUCAAUGCCAAUUCCAGAAAUCAAAAGAAUCCCGUUGGAAUCCCUUUAUUUAUCUGUUAAGGCUAUGGGUAUAAAGGACGUUAAAGCGUUUUUGAGCACAGCUUUGGAUGCCCCUCCUUUACCAGCUCUGCAAAAGGCAGAAAGAAUAUUAACAACGAUAGGACUUGUUGAUGAGUCCGACAAGUCACUCACACAGCUAGGUCAAUUUAUUAGCCUGAUGCCUGUCAUGGAUAGUAAGCAUGGUAAAUUACUAAUAUACGGCAUUCUGUUUGGCUGUACGGACAUUUCUGUUUUACUUGUCUCGAUACUCGGUAUUGGAGUUUUGCCUUUCAUCGGAGGUUUUGAAAAUAGGGAAAAGAUAAAAAAACUGCUAUGUAAAUAUGAAAGUCGUGGGGAUUUAUUUGCAGUAUUGGAAAUUGUCAGAGAUUACUUCAAAAUCAAAGAUUCGAGCAUCAAAAGGAAAUAUUUGAGAGACAAUUUACUUUCCUAUAAUAAAAUUAAUGAAAUUAAGUCAUCAACAGCCCAAUAUUAUUCUAUUUUGAAAGAUGUAGGCUUUCUACCAAUGGACUAUAAAGUUGGAAGCAUUUCUGAUUUGAAUAGGAACGAGCGAAAUUUUGAUAUCCUAAGGGCCAUUCUCACGGGUGCGUUUUAUCCACACAUAGCCAGGGUGCAACUACCAGAUGUAAAGUAUCUAUCAACAAGUUCCGGUGCUGUUGAAAAAGAUCCUGAAGCCAAAAUGAUCAAAUACUGGAUUCGAAGCGAAGAGUAUCAGGACAAAUUAGAAGAAUAUAAGACGAAAAUUUCGCAAGAGACGCAAAAGGUUGAUUUGGAAGAUUUACCGUUACCUGCUACUAGGGCAUUCAUUCAUCCAAGUUCAGUCUUAUUUUCAACCAAUUCAGUAAACUUGGAAGACGCUAAGUUACUCUCUGAGGUGGAUGGUCCAAUAUCCCGUCAAUCCAAAAUACCAACCGUUGUAAAAUACCCAUUUGUUUUGUUUACCACGUCUCAAGUUACUAAUAAGUUGUAUUUGAGGGACUUAACCCCAACUACUACAUUAUCAUUACUAUUAUUCGGAGGGGCAAUCUCUUAUGACAUUGGAGGUACUAUUCAUUCACCGGGCAUCGUUGUCGACAACUGGCUCCCAAUUAGAACCUGGUGUAAGAAUGGUGUUUUAAUCAAGGAACUGAGAACACAACUUGAUGAGGCCAUAAGGAAAAAGUUAGAAAGUCCCGAUUAUGCUAAAAAAUCUCAAAUUGAUAAUUCUGGUGCUGAUAAAACUCUAAAAAUUGUUGAAAAAAUUAUAGCUUCCGAACAAUAG